GAAAGAAGAUGGCGGCGGAGGCCGGAUAUUGGCGCCGCCUCCCCCAAUCCAGGAGCCGGCGCAGAUGAGGCGGCCCGGCUGGGGCCAGCGGUGUUUCGGAUCCCGAGCUGGGGGAACCCUGGCGGUGGGGCCUGGCCCUGCUCUAUGCCGGCGCCUUGGUUAGAGUGAGCGGCGGCGGCGGUGGCGACGCCUCUUCCCUCCGCCUCUUUCCCUGUCGCUGUGCGUCCGAGUGGUGACGGGCGGCCGAGGCGGCGGUACCGGGAUGGAAGACGUUAACUCCAACGUGAACGCGGACCAGGAGGUGCGGAAGCUACAGGAGCUGGUGAAGAAGCUGGAGAAACAGAACGAACAGCUGAGGAGCCGGUCCGGGGCUGUGCAGGGCGCCGGCCCUCCCGGGCCCGGCAGCCCGGUUCGGGCAGGCACGUCCACUCCCUCCUCUGGUGCGGCUUCCCCUCGGGGCUUCCCCUUGGGCCUCAACGCCAAAUCUGGCUGCGGGGCCGGGUCGGGCCCAAGGCACACGAGUAGCGAGGAGCUGCGGGACGCCACCUCCUUGCUGGCGGCGGGCGAAGGCGGCUUGUUGGACGAGGUGGAGCCGCUGCGGCCCGAGGAGCUGGAGCGCCUGUCAGGCUGGGAGGAGGAGGAGGAGAGCUGGCUGUAUUCAUCACCAAAGAAAAAACUUACACCAAUGCAGAAAUCGGUUAGUCCGUUAGUUUGGUGCAGGCAAGUUUUGGAUUACCCAAGUCCUGAUGUUGAAUGUGCUAAAAAGUCUCUUAUCCACAAACUUGAUCAGACUAUGUCAGCUCUCAAGAGGCAGAGUUUAUACAAUAAUCCUUUCAACUCUGUGAGUUACUCAAGUCCUUACAGUCCAAAUACAAGUAGCCCAUAUAGCAGUGGUUUCAAUUCUCCAUCCUCAACCCCAGUGCGACCUCCUAUAGUCAAACAGCUUAUACUUCCUGGAAAUUCAGGUAAUUUGAAAAGUUCAUCAGACAGAAAUCCUCCACUCAGUCCUCAAUCCUCUAUAGACAGUGAGUUAAGUGCUUCAGAAUUAGAUGAAGAUUCAAUUGGAUCCAAUUAUAAGCUAAAUGAUGUAACUGAUGUGCAGAUUCUAGCUCGGAUGCAGGAAGAAAGUCUCCGGCAAGAAUAUGCAGCCACCACAUCUCGGCGCAGUUCUGGUUCAUCCUGCAAUUCUACAAGACGGGGUACUUAUAGUGAUCAGGAACUUGAUGCACAAAGCUUAGAUGAUGAAGAUGACAAUAUGCAUCAUGCAGUAUACCCUGCUGUUAACAGGUUUUCACCAUCACCACGCAAUUCACCUCGACCAUCACCUAAACAGUCACCCAGAAAUUCACCUCGUUCACGAUCUCCCGCUCGGGGAAUAGAAUAUAGUAGAGUGUCCCCACAGCCUAUGAUUAGCCGCUUACAGCAACCUCGCCUUUCACUUCAAGGCCAUCCCACAGAUUUACAGACAAGCACUGUUAAAAAUGAAGAAAAACUAAGACGCAGUCUUCCAAACCUGUCCCGAACAUCUAAUACACAAGUUGACUCAGUGAAAAGCAGCAGAAGUGACUCAAAUUUUCAAGUGCCAAAUGGAGGAAUACCUCGCAUGCAACCUCAGGCUUCAGCCACUUCGCAAAGGCUGAAAAAUUUGCCUCGUACUUCCCUCAAAGCCAAACAGUUGCUUCAAACUUCAUCUACAAAAAGAGUACCUUCUCCAGGGAAAUUCCGCUCCCCUGCAGCACCAUCUCCUUUGGCUCUCCGACAACCAGUGAAAGCAUUUAGUAACCAUGGCUCUGGUUCUGCUGGUAGCCAAGAAACAACACAGCUCACACAAACCACCUCCUCACCUGGGCCUCCCCUGGUUCAGAACACAGUCUCAGCAAAUCCUCCCAGCAAUAUCAACAGCACUACUCUAACUAGACCUGCAGGGACAACCGGAAUGAGGAGUGGCUUGCCCAGACCCAGUGCCCCUUCUGCUGGGGGUAUACCAGUGCCUCGCAGCAAGCUUGCACAGCCUGUUCGCAGAUCCUUGCCAGCUCCUAAAAUCUAUGGUAGCAUGAAAGAUGACAGUUGGAAAGAUGGCUGUUAUUGACCAGCAAAGACAAGAAUGCAGAGGUCUUCAUGGACACCCCUCCACCAGAGUAACAGACAACUUUUAUAUGCAGACUGUUCAGAUAAGACUCUUGGGAUUUAUAACAUCCCAGCCCUCUCUGUCUUAAUUAGCACAAACUGACAGAGAUGAUCAAGCAGCACUUUAAUGACAUUUAACAUCAGCUGUGUUUGGUUUCAUACAAUCACUCUCCAUGGAAUCACUUUUAGUUUUGUUUAAUAGAAACUAAGUUGUUUUUUCAUAUUUGACAGAGGCCAAUAUCUGGGCAAAACCCUAAUGGAUGCCAAAGAUAAAUGCCCAUUUGUAAAUGAGAGAGUACCUUUGCAUACUGGAAAAUGGUGAAUUCAAGCUAUUCAGAACUUUUCAACCUAAUUUACUGUAUAACUAGAACCAAUAAAUAUUUGUGUUGAGAACUAAUUUUCUGACUAUCAUCUAAAACAUUUCACUAGUGUUUCACUAGUAUUCCAGGAAACUGUAGAUUGAAAGCAGGGGAGGAAACCUGGGCUAGGGACUUGAAAUGUGAUUCCUAAAUUUGGGAGAAAUUAUUUUUGCGGGUUUAUUAGAAAACUGGCAUAACAGAUGUCAUUUUGCUUAAUCUUAAGUUUUGGAUGUAGCUAACAUCUCAUCACCAGCAGAUAGUGUUAGAACAUGCAUCCAUCAUGCUGCAUUGACAUAUCAGACUUGGUGUUUGUUUUGAUUGCCAAAAGGGCUUAAUAUCAGUUGUACAAUCUUUCUAAACUUUAUAGUUCCUGGCUCAGGAAAGAUGGCCAUUGCUGUCAAAGCCAACUUCUUCACAUGCUGUUAUCUGUUAUAGAACUAAGAAAUCUUGUGUUUAUUAGCAGGUUUCCAUGAUGGAAAAGAGAACGUAGUGUGUACCCAUAUUCUUGAUAUGACAACACCUCAGUGCUUACAACAUGGAACAAAACCAUACAGUGAAAGAGAGGGGAAAAAAAUCUAUGCACUUAACCUACAAAAUUUCUGGUGACAACAGUCGUAUUGUUAUUAAAUGACACAACAGUCCAUUUUAUGGUAGGAAAUAUAGCCUGCUGAAUCCUACUUAAGCUGAAUCACUUUAAACUGAGUAACUGUUCAAAACAUCUUUUGAAAAUACUGUCCCUUUUGACUUAGAUUUUGCCUUACAUCAAUUUUUGCAUUUUGGGUAAUAAAUGAAACCUACUACAUAUGACUAUAUAACUUGUUAAAUACUUGUUUUCUAAUGGUUCUCAUAUAUAUUUUAGAAAUCACUUAUUUUGGUUUUAUCAAACUAAAACUUCCUUCUGCGACAGACUUCUCAUAUUUGAUAGUGAGGUCUGUUUUUAAAUAAUUAUUUAAACAGCUUUAAAGUAUUGGAAAUUGGGUUACCUAAAAGAUUUUAAAGAUUUGAAUUUAAGUUCAUUUCCUGUUAAUUGAAGACAUUCUGUAAGUAAGUUGGCAAAAGGAAUUGAGAGAGAAAAUGGGAGGCUUUGAGAUUUAUAGACUGAGAGAGAGAAUGAUGAAAUUUAUAAUCAAGACCCCUGUUCUGCCAUCACUGACACCAUAGUAAUAUUUAUUAGCUUAACUAGUAGGGAGUCAUAAAGUUAGCACAGGCAGCUGGAGAUUUAAACUGCAGUACUAAUGUAUUUUGGCAUAUAAUGCAAGGAAGAAAUUUUAUCCUUGAAUUUGAGGGCGAUGGGGUGGGUCAGGAGAGGAUGGCACCCGAGUUCCACAUAAUGAUAAAUUCAAAUGUGUUGAGUUUCAGAGGAAAAUAAAGCAUCUGUU